CUUCAAACCCGGAAGUGCCGGAUUACUACCGGGUCAUCCCAUAGGUCCGAUCCUACUGUGAGAAAUUGAAAUUAACGUUUUCUUGCGGGGUUUAGAUUUAGAAGUUAUCUGUAUUUUUAAGGAGAGGGGUGAGUUACAACAAAUAGACGUGUUUGUUUUCUUUUUUAUUUCCUGUGUGUAAACAGCUUUGCUUUUAGUUGAGAGCGGUGUCUUGUAAACAUGGCUCCAACGAUCCAGACACAAUCUCAGCGAGAGGACGGCCACAGUCGUCCAUCCUCUCACAGGACUGUCCCAGAGAGGUCAGGAGUAGUCUGUCGGGUGAAGUACUGCAACAGCUUGCCUGACAUCCCGUUUGAUCCCAAAUUCAUCACAUACCCAUUUGAUCAGCACAGGUUUGUACAGUAUAAAGCCACUUCCCUGGAGAAGCAGCACAAGCAUGAGCUCCUCACUGAGCCAGAUCUCGGCGUCACCAUUGAUCUCAUCAACCCAGACACUUACCGCAUAGACCCCAACAUACUGUUGGACCCCGCUGAUGAAAAACUGUUGGAAGAAGACAUCCAGGCUCCAUCCAGUUCAAAGAGGUCACAGCAGCACGCCAAAGUGGUUCCAUGGAUGAGAAAAACAGAAUACAUUUCCACAGAGUUUAACAGAUAUGGAGUUUCUAAUGAGAAAGUGGAAGUCAAGAUUGGAGUAUCUGUCAAACAGCAGUUUACAGAGGAAGAGAUCUACAAGGACAGAGACAGUCAGAUUUCUGCCAUUGAAAAGACAUUUGAGGAUGCACAGAAGUCGAUUGCACAGCACUACAGUAAACCCAGAGUUACUCCUGUGGAGGUACUACCUGUGUUCCCUGACUUUAAGAUGUGGAUCAACCCAUGUGCUCAAGUCAUCUUUGACUCUGAUCCUGCACCUAAAGACAUAUCAGGACCAGCAGGAGUGGAAAUGAUGUCUCAGGCCAUGAUCAGGGGUAUGAUGGAUGAGGAAGGAAAUCAGUUUGUGGCCUACUUCUUGCCCAACGAGGAAACUCUUCGCAAGCGCAAGAGAGACUGCGACGAAGGCUUGGAUUACAUGCCAGAGGAUCUGUACGAUUACAAGAUCGCAAGGGAAUACAACUGGAAUGUCAAGAACAAAGCCAGCAAGGGUUACGAAGAGAACUACUUCUUCAUCUUCAGAGAUGGGGACGGUGUUUACUACAAUGAGCUGGAGACAAGGGUGCGCUUGAGCAAGAGAAGAGCCAAGGCCGGAGCACAGUCCACCACCAAUGCUGUGCUGGUGUGUAAGCACAGAGACAUGAAUGAGAAGGAGCUGGAGGCCCAGGAGGCUCGUAAAGCUCAGUUGGAGAACCACGAGCCAGAGGAUGAGGAGGAAGACAUGGACUUGGACAAAGACAUGCAGGACUCAGGCGAUGACAAAGAGAAGGGCAGCGGCAGCGAGGCAGAGAACUCUGGCAGUGAAUCUGAGAGGGAGGAUGAAGAGCGGGAACAGAGGGGAGACGACGAGGAUGAGGAGGAGGACAGAGGCAAGAGGAGGAGGAAGGCGAGCGCCAGCGGCAGCGAGAGCGGUGAGGACAGGGCCAGGGAGAUGCGAGACGAGGAGGAAAUCUUCGGCAGCGACGACGACAGCGACGACAACGAGCCAAAGAAUUCGGCCAGGAGCAGCGGGGACGAGGGCAGCGACAGCGACGACGACGACGGGGGGAACAGGAGGGACAGUAGGAGUCGCAGUGCCUCUCCGGCACAGAGCGACCGCAGCAGCGACCACUCAGAGACUCGGGCUCAGAGUGGAAGUGGAAGUGAGAGAGGCUCUGAUUCCAGCGAUGCCAGCGACAGUGAAUGAGACCUGUGCUCCAGACACGACGACGACACCGAGACGUCUCCUCUGUAUGUACAGCUCAAAUCAUGGCACUGUUACUCUCUCACUGAGUCUGACAUUAGCUUUGUCUUGGGCUGCGGCUUCUUGUUGAUUGCAAAUGUAAAAUUUAUGUUAGAGAUGCUUUUUGCAUUUGGACUGGAGACAUCUCCUAUGAAAUACAGUUUUUAUUUGUAGAUUAAAUCCCCCACACAUUAGCUGUUUGUACACCAUCACUCUUGUUUUUUUUUCUGUCAGAUAGUCGGUAUGGGAUCAUGUAAAAAUAAUAUCUUUUUCCUCUCAGUUUUUGACAUGCCAUUGUGAUACGGCUUUUGAAACCAAUAAUAAAUUGCUGGCGACAUUUUGUAACAAA